UCUUUCUUACUCUCAACCAUUUCGCUCUCUCAACGUACCCAACACUGGCUGCGGGAAAGCGAACGCAAUAGCUUUAAACACACAGAGGGUUUCACGUUCUUGCAGAUAAUUAAAAAUACUCAUCACAGCUUCAUCAACAACACUUGAAAUCAAUCAAAAGAGAUGGUAUUUGGAGCCUUAAGGUCCAUUGUGCGGCCUCUAUCCCGGACCCUAAUAUCCCGCACCUCCACAUGCUCCAUAAACUCAUUUGCUGCCAGUUCUGUUCGCCCAAAACCUGAGACCCGCUUCCUUUCUGGUGGCCAAGCUCCGUGGUCUUUUCUGAUUUCGAAUCAUUUCCACAGCUUGACAGAUACUCGUUUCCCAAAGCGGCGACCCAGCCUCAAGUCUCGUCGAAAAAGGGCCAGCAUAAGACCUCCAGGACCGUAUGCUGGGAUUCAGUGUGCUCCUGGUGAACCGAUAGUUCCUAGUAGACCCAAUGAAGGAAGUGUGAAGAGGAGGAAUGAGAAGAAGCGCAUGAGGCUGCGCCGCGCAUUUAUAUUGUCAGAAAAGAAGAAAAGAAAGGCUCUAGUGCAGGAGGCUAAAAGGAAGAAGAAUAUAAAGAGAAUUGAGAACAAAAUGGCUGCUGUGGCAAGGGAAAGAGCAUGGGCUGAGAGACUGACCGAGCUGCAGCGACUGGAGGAAGAGAAGCGAAAGUCCAUGGCUUGAUGACUAGAUAACAUUAUGGUGGAACCUUGUUUGCAGAUUGUAAUGCUGCUUUUGGCUCUCUGUUCCAUUGAACAUUCAACCUAGUUUCUUCAGGCGCGUUGGUUCCAUUUUAUCUGUUUGUUCGGUUUAUGGUGUUUUGCCUUCUCCAAUCAUACAGAGGAUGGCCAUUUGGCGAAUCGUUUUGUUUGUAGUCUUGUAAACUUGGUUUUGAAUUCUAGCUAGCAAGGUUGAGAAAGUAGAGAAGGCAUUGCGCCAUCAUAUAAGUAACCACUGGUUUUCAAUAGGUCUUAAUUCUUUUGAUGAGAUACGGAUGCAGUU